GGAAGCAGAAACCAAAAUGGACAUUUGUUUAGAAAGAAGCUUCUUCUUUCCUCUCUGUUAUUUUGUGAUGCUUUUUCCUGCUUGUUAUUCUCAAGUGAGGAGAACCCACCAUUUAUAUUCAUCUUUUUUCUAUAAAUUUUCCACAACUACAACCUCAAAAGCUUCCAUUAAUCUGGGUAAUGAUGUAUUAUUAACUGAGCAAGAAAGGGGGUACUAUAAUUUUCUCAAAAAUGCCCAUCAAACUUCAGAUUUACCCCAUGGAAAAGCAAUACAUACCCAGAUCAUCAAAAACUGUUGUUUGCAUUCCUCCAUUUUUCUACAGAAUUUUCUGCUUAAUAUGUACCUUAAAUUCGGGGACCUUGAUAGUGCACUCUACUUGUUCGACGAAAUGCCCCAGAGAAAUGUUGUGUCUUGGUCUUCGUUUAUUGCUGGUUUUGUGCGCCGUGGUUUUGCUAAGCAAGGUCUUUUUUAUUUCUCCUGUAUGUUUAGCACUGAUGUGAGGCCUAAUGAGUUCACUUUAGUUAGUGCACUUAAUGCUUGUUCCUUUUCUGGGUUUGUUUCUCAGGCGUAUCAAGUUUAUUCAUUGGUAAUUAAACUGGGAUUUGAAUGGAAUGUUUAUGUCCAGAAUUCAUUUUUGACUGCUUUGGUUACGAAUGGAGAAUUAACGAAUGCUAUUAAGGCUUUUAAUGGGUGUUUAGAUAAAGAUAUUGUUUCUUGGAAUGCUUUGAUGUCAGGGUACUUGCAGUUUUCACCCUCAGAAGUGCCCAGCUUCUGGUUGAGGAUGAUUCGUGAGGGCGCGAAGUCUGAUGGUUUUACAUUUUCAGCUGUUCUAAGUGCCUUGGGUGAUGUUGGUGAUGAUAAGUUUGGAAUGCAGAUGCAUGGUCAGCUUGUUAAGUUUGGCCAUGCAAGUGAAACAUGUGUUGGGAAUUCAGUAGUUGAUAUGUAUGUGAAGUCUGGGGACUUGGUUAAAGGGAUUAAAGCUUUUCGUGAGAUCAGUGGCAAAAAUAUUCGGUCUUGGACAACUAUAGCAACCGGGUGCUUGAUUUGUGGGGCGCCAAGUAAGGCGCUAGAGCUCCUUGGAGAAAUGAAGAUUGCAGGUACAAGACCAAAUCAGUUUAGUCUUGCCACUACCUUCAAAGCAUGUGCUAAUAUUGCUUCUUUGGAUGAAGGAAAGAAAGCACAUGGCUUGAGAAUUAAGCUUGGAAGUGAGAUGGAUGUAUCUGUGGACAAUGCUAUGCUUGAUAUGUAUGUCAAAUGUGGCUGUAUUGAUAAUGCAAUGACGGUGUUUAGGCGUAUUAAGGAUCGGACAACCAUUACAUGGACUACUAUGGUUAUGGGAUUUGCUCAAAAUGGCCAAGCAUUAGAAGCUCUCCAAGUUUUCGAUGAAAUGAUAACUGAAGGCGUUGAGCCAAAUUACAUUGGUUUUGUGUGUGUUCUUUAUGCUUGUAGCCAAGGUGGAUUUGUGGAGGAAGGAUGGAAGUAUUUUUCUUUAAUGAGUCACCAAUAUGGAAUAUUACCGGGAGAGGAUCACUAUGUUUGUAUGGUUGAUCUGCUUGGACGAACUGGACAUAUCAAAGAAGCAGAAGAACUUAUCUCAAAAAUGCCUUUCAAACCAGGACCAUUAGUUUGGAACACCCUACUUGGCGCCUGUCAUAUACAUGGGGAUUUUGAAGCAGGAAAGCGAGCAGCAGCGUGUGCUAUCCAUCUUAAGCAGACUGAUCCAUCGACAUAUGUCUUGUUAUCAAACUUGUUUGCGGAUUUGAAUCACUGGGAAGGAUCAAAAGAAAUGAGGGACAUGCUGAAAGCUAGAAAUGUAAACAAAGUUCAGGGAAGCAGCUUGUUAUUAUCUAUGGAUAUUCUUUGCUUCUCUAACAAAUGAUUCCGUGAUUCUUAAAGGUCUUGCUAAUUUUUAUACGUUCGGUUGUUCCUCUUUGAGCAGUUUUCGCUAGUUCUUGAGCUUCUUUGGGAAGGAAGAAACAUUACCUAUGGGCAGAAAAAGAGUUGCAUGAUCUGCAGCAACAACUUGCAAAAAGUUCAUCAGACUAAACAUCAGAAUUCAUUUGUUGAGCUUAAUCAUAAAAUGUGUAUGCUUUGAGCUUCUUCAGAUUAGCUUGCAUCUUAGUGUCAAUAAACCAGUAAAAAUUAAACAGUUUAAGGGUUUAUAUCAUAUUUCGAAAAAUCAUAUGAGGAUCAUUGUCAAUUAAAAAUAAGUGAACUAGACAUUUAUUUAGGAUUAGUCAUAGAAAUCGCGACAUGAAAUGCAAAUUGAAGGUAAUUGAUUAACAUAUUUGUAUCAGCAUUCUUCAGUGCAAUGCUACUAGUAAGUAGUAACUAGGAGUAUUUUCUAGGGUCUCUAGACUAGAUAUACACAUAAAAAUCCACAAAGAUUAGGAUAAUAUUCUGUCAGGACCAAGAAAUUUUGGAUUGAUGGGAUUUGAUGAAUA